AUAUCGGGAUCAAGAUGCAGAAUAGGUAUAACGAAGGCGGAAGUUUGUGUCUGCCAGAGACUCAGAAAUUGAAAAUGACGAUUGUAUUGGUUGAUUUCUAACAGUGUCUUAGGAUGGGUAACUGCAUUGCCAGAUGUUUCGGCAUAUCUGAUAAAAGAAGGAAAUACUUGCGGACUCGAUACAGUGUGGAGAGAGAUAUUUCAAUUGAGUUUGAAAACCUUAUGGAAGAUGACACAGUACAAGAUGAAGUGACAAGAUUGGUGACCGAGAGAGAAAAACAAAUCUUGGCAUCCAAACAGUACACAAAUCUGAUUCAUGAGCAAAAAUGCAUUGAUGCAGAAAUAGACAAAAAGCUUUCGCAGCAAGAGGAAGAUAUUCGACUUGAGGAAGAAAAGUUUUAUGAGGCUAAACGAGAAGCAUCUCGAAUUGCAAAGUUACAAAAGGCCAAAGAGCAGAAAACAAAGGCAACAGUACAAAGGAAAUCCAGGUCUUGGUUAGGAGAAAAUGAAAAGAAUUGGGAUGUGGCUGGUGGAGAAGACGAUUUUGAGUUAUUUCUAGCCAAUGUCAAGGCAAGAUCACUGAAAACAGCAGCCAGACUUCGAGACGGAGAUGGACUAAGUUCUAACAGUUCUGGCCAGGCAACAACACUGUCGAAGGAUCGGUCACAGUUGGAUGGAUCCUCUUUGGAUUUUGAAUGGGAGCAUGAGGACGGUAUUGCACAAGUGAAUAAAGAUCAAUCAUCCACUGAAGAAAAUGUCAUUUCAUCAUCAACUCAAGAGAGACAAAGUCCUGUAAAUUCAAAUGAUUGGGAAUGGGACAAUGACUUUGUGACAGCAGAAAUUGACACAACUGAUACAGUGCAGCUUCUGGCAGCGGAAAUGGCUAUUCAGAAAACAGCUUCCCAUUGACAUAGCCGUUUUAUCAUUGAUAACAUCCACAAGAGAGCUAGUUGUAAUGGAGCACAUAAGGCCAAAGGAACACAAGUUCUUGGCAAAUGUGCCAACAGAUGUUGAAAUUGCCAAGAUUUUUGCUGCAUUUCUGUUUGUCAUGGGUCCAAUAAUAUUUAUUUUUUUCCUUAUUGAGAUGUCUGCAUGAUAUUUUUUUUUAUAAAACGGAUUAUCGUUAUACAUGUA